UCAAAUACUGGACAUGGAGAACGUAAGGAAUCACACCAGAAAUGGAAAAGAAUUGUGAAAAGUGAUUUUGUGAUCGAGAGAGUCGGAAGAAAAUUUCAAAUUUGACGAUGAACCAAAAGGGGAAUUACCACCGCAGUCCAUAUAGUGGUGGCGUGCCAGGGUGGGGCGAGUCGCCCAUGCACCAAAGGGGUCCUCACCCGGGAGGUCAGCCGGGAUACUGGGGGCAACGAGGACCGUCUCCGCAUGGCCGAUCGUUUGAACACAGAGGGCCACCAGGGCACACCCCCAGGCCCAGGCAGUCCCCCAGGGGUCAGUUCCCAUCCCCCAGGGUUCAGUUCCCCUCCCCAAUGUACUCAUCGUCCCCGUAUGCACAGCAGACUCCUCACCAGCAGCACCGCAUGGGCCACAGGAGGGGAGGGGCCGGCUCGCCCAGAUUUCCUCAGUUUGGGGGGCGUAACUCAGGAGGCGGGCAUUUCACGCCGCCACGGCAUUCCUCACUGGGACAGACUAACAGCUCUGGAACUGACGGCAGUGGAGACGAUAUCAGUGAGUACUAUAAGCAUUCCAUGGUUGAGGACCCAUGGAAAGACCUCUCACCAAUGCCAGCGAGAACAGGAACAGCAACAUAGCAACAGGAAUGGGUAACCAUGACAAUGACUUUGUGUUAAUUGGCUGACCCCACGGCAGUCUUAACUUUGGCCAGUCUUGCCAGUCUUGGUUCUAGAACUGGCACAGUGGUUCUAGGAUUGGCAUUUUGGUUCUAGAACUUGGCCCUGUGUAUGUAUGACCAGGUUAUCAAUGUACAGAAGACUGUCGGAUUCUGUUUGAGUGCAUUGUUGCCAAUGAAUGAACGGAUGGUUCCAGAACUGGAACGGUAGUUCCAGAACGAAAACUGUGGUUCCAGAAUUUGUCCAGUAUUUCCAGAGCUGGUAUAGUGAUUCCAGAUCUGAUGCAGAGGUUCCAAAACUGGAAGAGUCCUGGGUUUGCCAUAUUAGCAUGUAUACUUGUGCAAUGGAAAGUUAGUUGAUGGGAACAUUCUUAAUCUAGUUCCCAGUCCUGUGCAUUUGCAACAGAAUGCCUUUUGAGCCUUAGUUUCUUACCGGCAAUCGCUACUGAUGGACACCAAUGCACAAAGGAACGGCUAGUUUUAUCGCCAAAUGUGACUCCAUCCACACUGACCUGCAGACAAGCUCAGAAGACCUGGCAUUGUCUUUAUCACCAUUGCUUCUGAAUUGAAAACCCCAAGAAAAAAAUGCUUCAGUGCCUUUGUGAAUGGUAGCACAGAACGGAAGAAUUUUGAAGAUCUAGAAUGGGCACGGUGACUUAAGUGGCAAAAGUUUUUCUUUGUUUUUAGUUUUGUUUGUUGGUUUUGUUAUUUUUAAGUUUGUUUGUUUUUUUAAAUAAUUAUUUUAGGGCUUGAUCACUUUAUGGAGUUUUCAAAACUAAAGUGCCAUGGAAAAACUGAAAGUUCUUAAGUAGUAUUUUAUGUAUUUUUUUUAUUAAUAUCCAGGAAGGCGAAAAUAUUUUGUGUCGGGAGGGCUUUUAAAAAGAGUUUAAAUCUGUCAAUGGGUGUGAACAUUCACAGACACGUAUACACAAUCACUGGUCACUCCCCUGGGUUCUAGGUUAAGCAGUGAUUUUAAAAUGUACAGUUGGCUGUCAUUAAAUAAAAUCUAAGCAUGAGCAGGCUGUUUUUCAGAUUCUGUUGGUAAUUAGCUGACAAAAUGACAGCAAAACAAGUGAUUAAGAAGUCCCAUGCCAGGUCUAGCACCCAACCUGCAGUGUUGCAUUGGCAUUGUUUUCUGAAAGCACCGGUGGAGUCGAACCACCCACCAACGCAGGGCUGGCAGAGUGUGCUGCCCGCUGCGUGGCGUCAACCCGAGGUGCUUUUUUGUUUCAGUCACAAAGCAAGCAACAGCGGCUUCUACGGGGUGCAGAACCAGAGGCAUGACGUCACCCUCUCUGGCCACCCCCCCCGAAAGAGUUCCCUGCAGCUCUGAAAUCAGAAUGCAGUCAGCAAUGGACCUGUAUACAACUCCAAAUGGGGUAUCCUUCUUGAUGUUUGAAAAGAUGCCGUUAUGUUUACGCAAAACUCACUUCUAUUGAGGCUUCAAAAUUUUCUUUUGUAAAAAACCAUUGCUCUCUUUGACAGUGUCAAUGUCGUGUGGUAAUUAAGCCAGGUUUGUUUUCAGUGAGUGUUAUAGUCCUUGGUCGGUGAAGCAGAUCACUUCUAACGGAUGUAAAACUUCAAUUCUCUGGUGUACAUUUGUCUCAAUUUGCGUCAUAAAAUAUCAAACUUGUCUUAAAGCCUCAAACAACCCCCCUCCCCGGAAAAAGACUUCACUUAAAGUUCCUGUAAGCCUAACUGUCCAAGGGUAUUUACACCAUCCACCAGAAAGUGUCCGGGGGAUUGGGCAGGAUUGAGGAAGCCAGAGCCUAGCCAUUAACAGCUGGUAGCCAUGAUGGUGCUAGUACAGUGCAAAGAACUUGCCAUUGUCUUCCCGAGUAGUGAAAGAUUUGGGAAGAGUUUAGAAGUUCUCGAGCGAGAAGAA